GCACUGUCUCCACGCUAACACCGUCCCUUUUCCGCACCCGUAUCCGCCCUCCCUCUCAACCCCCUCACGUAGCAACUCAGACCUCCUUCCUGUAUACAUAUCCGUGUCCGUCUCCGCACGCAAGUCCGACAACUCCAGCGCCGCCCACGCACACAGGGAGGUAGUGUGCUGUAACUCCGGUAACGCCGCUUAGAAAACGGGCAUGAGAGAUCUUGGCGGGCGGAAAAGGGGUGGAAAAGCAGGUGGACGUAGGCUCUCACUGCCUGAUGGGCAAGGAAGGUGUGGGAAACGGUGUGCCUAGAAUGAUAGUAUGCGUAUAUAUACUGUGCAAACCAACCUGGCAUCACAGCCCAAGAAGCCUCAGCUCAUCUUCACUUCCUCGCCAUCGAUCUGCUCGUCGAACAAUACGAAACGAGUAUCAUCAUCAAUAUGUCUUCCCUCCCCGCUACGCACCGCGCUCUCGUCCUAGCCGACAAAUCGCAACCCCUGGCCGUACAGUCGUACGUCACACCUUCCCCCAUCCACGGCAGUGCAGUCGUCGAAAUACUCUCCGCAGGCGUAGUUUCCUACCAGCGCGAGAUCUAUGCCGGCGCUGCGACGCACGCGCACUACUCGCUCCCUACGCCACUGGUGACGGGUAUGUCAGGAAUCGGCCGCAUCGCCGCGCUAGGACCCGACGCAACGUCCCUGCAGCCGGGCCAACUCGUCUUCGUCGACUGCAUGAUCCGCGCGCGGGACGACCCCGCCACCGCUUUCCUGCUUGCAAUACAUGACAGCGGGACACCAGGGAGCCAAAAGUUGGCGAGGAACGUGUGGCGCGACGGGACGUUUGCCGAAUAUGCACGUGUGCCGCUGGAAAACUGCAUACCAUUGGACGAAAAGAGGCUGUGCGGCGAGCUGGGGUAUGAGGUGCAUGAUCUGAUGUACAUGGACUACAUGCUGGUGCCGUAUGGCGGGUUGCGGGAUAUCGGAUUGCAACCUGGGGAUGCGGUGGUGAUAAGUCCUGCGACGGGAGGGUAUGGUGGGGCGGCAGUGCUGGUUGCGGUUGCGAUGGGUGCGAGGGUGAUAGCUAUGGGCAGGAACGAGGCUGAGCUUGUGCGGCUGAAGAAACAUGUGUUGAGCAGCUCGCCGAGCGCUGGCAUCGAGACGGUGAAGAUGACGGGCGAUGAGACGGCCGAUGCGGAGAGCUUGAAGGUAUUCGGUACCAUCGAUGCGGCGAUUGACUUCACGCCACCGAAGGGGGCGAGCUCGAGCCAUGUGAGGAGCAUCGUCCGUGCUAUUCGGAAAGGAGGACGUAUCAGCCUGAUGGGGUUGAAUGACAAUCCCGUGGUACCUUGGUUGGUGGUAUCGAAAGAGAUUUCUCUCAGAGGUAAGCUGAUGUACGAAAGAGAAGACAUGGUCUAUUUCACCAAGAUGCUGGAGGGGGGCCUGUUUCCGAGCGGCAAGCAUCUCGUGGAUACCAAGGUUUUCAGCCUGGGGGAUUGGAAGGAGUGCCUGGACGCGGCAGCUAGGCACACUGGAAUCGGCAAGCACGUCGUGUUCUCUCCCAGGUCGAGGGUUCAUGAUAGCUCCCGGGUGUGA